UCAAAAUUGAUUGCCGUGCAGAUUUCUAGGCUCUUUAGAAAACUCAAAAUACAAAUAAUUCUUCUCCUUGUUUAUUCCUUCAACUUUCAUUCAACAUUUCCAUCUUCUCCGGCGAAUUCCUCCGUGUUCCAAACGAAACUCGCCGGGCAAAAUUACAGUCUCUCCAGCACCGUUAGGAAUUCUCUUGUGACUCCAUCCAUCUCCACCGCUUAUCCGCCAUGACGCCUGAAUAUGAUUAUUUGUUUAAGCUCCUGCUUAUUGGAGAUUCUGGUGUUGGAAAAUCAUGUCUCCUUCUGAGGUUUGCAGAUGAUUCAUAUUUGGAUAGCUACAUUAGCACCAUCGGGGUUGACUUUAAAAUCCGCACCGUGGAGCUGGAUGGAAAGACUAUAAAACUCCAAAUAUGGGAUACUGCUGGCCAAGAACGUUUUAGAACAAUAACCAGCAGCUACUACCGUGGUGCUCAUGGCAUUAUUGUUGUUUAUGAUGUCACAGACCAAGACAGUUUCAAUAAUGUUAAGCAGUGGUUAAAUGAAAUUGAUCGUUAUGCUAGUGAAAACGUGAACAAACUUCUUGUGGGUAACAAGUCUGAUCUGACAGCAAACAAAGUCGUGUCCUAUGAGACUGCAAAGGCGUUUGCGGAUGAAAUUGGAAUUCCCUUUAUGGAAACAAGUGCUAAGAGUGCCACGAACGUUGAACAGGCUUUCAUGGCCAUGGCUGCUGAAAUCAAGAAUAGGAUGGCAACUCAACCGAUGAACAAUGCACGGCCGCCAACUGUUCAAAUUCGAGGACAGCCUGUGAACCAAAAGUCUGGGUGCUGCUCAUCUUGAAGAGAAAAAUGGGAGAUAGAUAUCUCUAUGAUUGGGUCCUUCACAUGUAAAACUCUUUUCUUAUAAAAGCUUCGUCGUUUUGUUUUUGUGUUCUUCUCUACACCAUUUACUUUGUUGUGGUCGAUCAGCACUUUGUUUAAAAUUCCCCAUUCUUUUCAAUGUAUUUGAUUCUCAUAACAAAAGAUGAAACCAAAAAGAAAAAAAAAAGUAAACGAUCUGUACAAAUUAGAAAAUAUUAUUGGUGAAUAGCACUAUCCAGUAUUUGCUCUUUUAUCUUCCCAUUCCCUGAUGCCCAAUGCCAUGGUGAAAGUCAUCAACAUCUAAACAUUACCUAAUUUUAAUCCUAUGUUCUAUAAUUCCAGAUGGGCUGAACUAUAGUCUAUAAAUUUAUUUCAGUAA